ACUGUGACGGCAACCAUGUCCACCGGUCGCUUCGUUUCGUCGGCCUCGAUCGGCAGCACCAGCACCUCGUCCAGCACGCAAAUAUCGGCCAACGUGCCCAUCUCGAACACGGCCAACAAGUGGAAACGGGAAAGUGAUUGUGAUGAAUUUGUCGGUGCACGACGUUCGAAGCAUACGGUGGUGGCGUACAAGGAAGCGAUCUACGUGUUCGGUGGGGACAAUGGCAAAAACAUGCUGAACGAUCUGAUACGGUUUGGCGUGAAGGAUAAAUCGUGGGGCCGUGCAUUUGCUACCGGUACGCCACCAGCACCGCGGUACCAUCAUUCGGCGGUCGUCCACGGUACGUCGAUGUUUGUGUUCGGUGGAUACACAGGGGACAUUCACUCGAACUCGAACCUUACCAACAAGAACGAUCUGUUUGAGUACAACUUUCAAAAUGGUCAGUGGACGGAGUGGAAGUUUAUUGGCCGUACGCCGGUAGCGCGCAGUGCACACGGUGCCGCUGUGUAUGAUGGUAAGCUGUGGAUCUAUGCUGGGUACGAUGGAAACGCCCGGCUGAACGAUAUGUGGACAAUACGGUUGACGGGCGAUCAUCAAUGGGAGGAAGUGGAACAGAAGGGUGACCGUCCGCCGACAUGUUGCAAUUUUCCUGUUGCCGUUGCUCGUGGCUGCAUGUACGUGUUUUCCGGACAAAGUGGUCUGCAGAUUACCAACACACUGUUUCAGUUUAAUUUUAAAGAUAAAACCUGGCGACGAAUAUCUACGGAGCAUAUUCUGCGUGGUGCGCCACCACCCCCGGCACGACGCUAUGGCCACACGAUGGUACAUCACGAUCGAUUCCUGUAUGUGUUUGGUGGUGCGGCCGAUUCGACCCUUCCCAACGAUCUUCACUGUUACGAUCUGGACAGCCAAAUAUGGUCGACCGUAACUCCUGCACCGGAAUCACAAAUCCCCAGCGGUCGCCUUUUCCAUGCAGCGGCCGUCAUCGGUGAUGCGAUGUACAUCUUUGGUGGCACGAUCGAUAAUAAUGUACGCAGCGGCGAUACGUACCGGUUCCAGUUCUCGAGCUAUCCCAAGUGCACGUUGCACGAUGAUUUUGGAAAGUUUCUACAGAAUCGCCAGUUCUGUGACGUACAGUUUAUCGUCGGUACGGAGGAAGUUAAAAUUUCGGCUCAUAUCGCUAUGAUUGUGGCGCGUUCGCAAUUUUUACGGUCUAAGAUAUUGGCCGCACGUGAUGCAAGAAAUUUGCAUUUUGAAAAACUCUUUGGCACGACGGACGUACCGCUGGCAGAACAACCCAUUCUCGAAGUUCAACUGCCAGAUGCCCAGUCGGAGGCGUUCGAGAUAGUGCUUAAUUACAUCUACACCGAUCGUAUUGUUUUUAAAGACCCCUUCAGCCACAAGCUCGUACUCAUCAUGAUGGAUGUGUACCAGCUAGCGGUACAGUUCAACAUUCCUCGCCUAGAGCAGCUCUGCGUACAGUAUCUCGAGUUUAAGAUCUCCAAAUCGAACGUACUCGAUGCGCUGUACAAUGCGGACCGGAUGGGCCUAACGCUCAUCAAAGACUACUGUCUCGGGUUUAUCGUAAAGGAAGAUCACUUCUACAGCAUCGUGAUGUCGGCCGAAUUUGCUGCCCUCGACAAACCACUAAUAGUGGAGAUUGUACGCAAACGGCUCAACCCCAGCAAAAACACCACCGACAUGAAGUACGACAAAACGAUCGGAACAACACUGGAAAGUGAUAUGGCCGUAUUUCUCAAAUCAGGCGGAAAAGAGUUCUGCGACAUAAAUCUGGUGCUGGAGGAAAAAAUCAUACCGGCCCACAAAUCGAUACUGGCCGCACGCUGCACCUACUUCCAGGCGAUGUUCCGUUCGUUUAUGCCGGCGGACAAUACGGUUAACAUACAGAUCGGGGACAUUUCACCUUCGCUCGAAGCGUUCGAUUCCUUACUGCGGUACAUCUACUACGGCGACACCAAGAUGCCGCCGGAAGAUUCGCUCUACCUAUUUCAGGCGCCCUGCUUUUACGGGUUCGCCAACAAUCGGCUGCAAGCGUUCUGUAAGCACAAUCUGGAAAAUAACAUCACGUACGAUAAUGUGCUGCAGAUACUGGAAGCGUCGGACAAGAUGAACGUGCUGGACAUUAAGAACUAUGCGCUCAAGAUGGUGGUGCACAACUUUAGCCAGGUGGCAAAGCUACCGAAGAUGCAGGAUCUGUCGCGGGAACUGUUGCUGGACGUAAUAAUGGCGAUUGCGGAUAUGAAGGUGGAAAAUAAGCAGCGCAUUCAUGAUACAUUCAUUAGCCAGUACAAUGAUAUUUGAGCAGGAGAGAUG